AUGACAACCAAGGCUGUUCUUAGAAGCAUCAAGAACGUCACCAAGGGCUAUUCGUCUGCACAGGUACUUGUUCGGGAAUGCACGUCGAACGACGACAUGUCGCCCACUAUCACGCAGAUGUCUCUCAUUGCCGACCUCACGUACAAGAACGGGACGUUCCAAGAUGUUAUGGACAUCAUCGAUAAGAGAAUCAACGACAAGGGGAGACACUGGAGACACGUGGCCAAGUCGCUAACCUUGCUCGAGUACUUGGUCAGGUACGGUUCGGACGACGUGGUCAUCUGGGCAAAGGACAACCUCUAUCUUAUCAAGACGUUGAGGGAGUUCUAUGUGAAGGACUCGCUAGGACAGGACCAGGGGUCCAUCAUCAGAGUCAAGGCCAAAGAGUUGACGUCUCUCUUGCAGGACGAUGAGCGGUUGAAGCAGGAGAGAGAUUCUGCUGCCGAAUCUGGGUCUAGAGGGAGACGUAGAAAGUACAAGCCACAUGACCGGACACACUAUGACGAGGAGAUCUAUGAUGACGAUCUCCAGAGAGCGUUGGAGGAGUCCAAGCUGACAGCGGAGGAGGAGGAGGCCAGAAGGAGAGAGAGAACCGACGAGAGUUUGGAGCGGGCCAUCCAGUUGUCCUUGGAAGAGGAGGAGAUGAGGAAGAAGAACCAGAACUUGUUGGAUAUAAACGAUACUUUCAAUGCACCGGAUGUUUAUGGGUUCUACAACCAAGAUCAGGAUCUACAACAACAGCAACAAGGCCAAAUUGUCGGUUAUGAUAUGUUUGGAAACCCGGUGUAUGCUGACCAAUUCCAACAGCAGCAACUGCUGGCACAACAACAGGCAUUGGCACAACAACAAGCGCUUGCACAACAACAUGCCCUGGCACAACAGCAAAUGUACCUACAACAACAACAGAUGUACCAACAACAGCUGGCUUCGAGCCAGGUGGCUUUACAGACGGGUUCCAACAAUCCAUUUGCACAGCAACCGCAGGCCCAAGAACAAGACUUGAAGUGGCAACAGCAGGCACAGAAAGAAGCCCAAGAUGCAGAAGCCAGAGGUAGAGAAGAAGAGCUACAGAGACAACGCUUGUUGCUUCAACAACAGCAGCAACAGCAGCAACAACAACAGCAACAGCAACAGCAACAGCAGCAACCUCUACAGCAAACACUUACAGGAAGCCAAAGAAUCAACCAGCAGUAUUCCGAACUCAACCAGUUGCUUGCCCAAGGUACAGGAAUAGACACCUUUGGUAAUACUGGUGAUGCUAGAAUCCCGGCUCAAUUCACCAAGACUGGCACGUUUAUCAACUCUCAAGGUACUGGCUAUAAACAAGUGUCUGCUCCAAAGAACCCGUUCUUGGACAGCCAGUUCACUGGCGUUCCAAACACUUUGAAUGCAAACUCCAACUCUCGUAUUGUUCCUUCCGAAACAGGCUAUGGUUUCGGAAACCAACACCAGGGACCAGGAAACAGCUUGAUUGAUCUAUAA